GCAAUCAAGAUAGGCAACCGAAGUGACACACCGAAAUGUUACGUAUGCUAUACAGAUUCUCAGAGAGCGUCAUCGAAGCUCGUGAGCCGACGUGAGCCCCUCUGAUGCAGACGGAGCAGUUAAUCGUGUCAAUUACGGUACGGUGUGGAUUUCUCGGUGAAGGAGUAGACGUCGCGCGUUACGCAUGGACUGGAAAAGAGUUGACAUGGUUGACGAGCAACGGAGACGUUCGUACAUUCCUGCCGCGCGACAGAUGAACGACGACGCGCAGCUGCAGCUGAUAGACCUCCCCGACGUUUGCUUGGAGGCGAUUCUGUCUAACCUCUCCUACGAUGAGAUCUCUAAAUAUAGGAUCGUUUGCAGACAGUUCGAUCGGAUCUGCAAGAAGCUGCUCAACCGCGGCUUCAACCUCAUGGAAAAGUAUCACGCGCAAUGUCUCCGCACUGUCAAAAGCAAGCUGCCCAGGAGAGAGUCGGAGCGACGGAGCCAUCCUCUCGCGCGUCACUGCGAUAUCUUGACCGCGAUAGAAACAAGAAUCUCUAUGUUAUCAAUGACUUUCAUCAAGUAUGUCGACCUGAACGUUUGCUGCUUUAUUCCAGGAAAGGUAAUCGAUGAGAUUUUCCGUGUUCUUCGAUUGAUUCGAGAGACAAAGACACCGCCUAGAGCACACGAGAUACUUCAGGAGCUACGGGAUAUAAGCAGCAUGGCCAUGGAGCAUUUUGACGAGAAGAUCCUGCCAGAUUUGAAGCACAACAUUUGCACGUCCAUGGUCGGCACUGUGAACUCAUACGACCUACCUGGUGGCGUCAUGAUCUCCCACGGAAGAAACAUAAGUAACUCCUCACUGCCGCAUUGCAACAAUCAUAACGUAACCUGCUCGGAGAAGCUUAAUCAAACUUUUAAGAAGAUUAACGAUCGUACGAAAAAGAGCAAGCUCUUCGUCUUGUCCAUGAGAAACGAAAUCACGAGAAUGAGACUCAGGAUACAGAGACAAGAGUUUCUGGUGCGACAGCAAACUCUGAAGCUGCACAAGCAGGCAAAGAAGAUACAUGAACAAGACACGCAGUUAGCCGAGGUGCGGAAGCACUUCGAGGAGUGGGAGCAGAAGAUGGUCGAUUUGACUACCGAAGUGAGUCGUGCGCGGGAAGGGACGCAGAAUCCCGAUUCGUUAGAGAGUCGCAAGCGGAAAAUUAGAGAAUCGCAAACGGACAACACAUUUAUCAACACCGACGCCGAGACGCUUCAGCAGACGAACGAAUUGCAAGCCAAAAAACGUAAGCUCAUAGUAGAAAGGAAACCGUCGAACGACGCGAAGGACAUGAAGUUCAAAAAAUUUAUGUCGGAUUUACUUUCGAAAAAUACGUUAGAUGGUUAUCUCGAUUCGUCAUGCCCGCGCUAACUCGGCUCUUUUUACAUUAACAGUUCUAAGAUUUUUGCAGAAUUAUUAUACUCUUUAUAUAAUGCAUUUUUCAACUGUUAUAACGAAAUAAAUAUAAUAUCAUAAUAUUCACUUGGUACAUCGAACGUUUCAACUUGAUAUCAGUUAUUUUUAAACAAUAACUGUAAGAAAGUUUAAGAAUUAAUAUUUUUAGUUUAUUAAAUUACCUGUUCAAUUAGAUGGAACAACACAAUAUAUAAACAAAUGUAUUCCAAAUGUAUCCAAAUGUAUCCAAAAAAUCUAUAACACUUUGGGAGAUGAUUCGGGAUCCAAAAAAGGAAAAAAGUUAUAUAAACAUAGUUUCGGAAAUAAGUUUGUUUUCGAGUUACAACCACGUUUAUGUUAAAAAAAUUCUAAAUAAUUUUUCAUAAUAAUUACAAUCACAAUAAUAACAUAAUAAUUUAUUUUUUUAACUCAGGAUACACCACGUGGAGAUAUAGCUCAUUUGAAAUAUUUUAUUUUUAUUUUUAUUUUUAUUUUUUAGAUUCGAAGAAAUAAGGAGCAAUCUCCCUCAAAAUUGUUCAAAGAGUUCCUUUGAUAGAAGAAUAAGGGUCUGCAUUCGUACUGAAGGUGGUCAUUUUGAACAUCUUACUUAAUUCGAUUUAAAUACCUGUUUAUCCUUAAUUAAAAAAAUAAUGUAAUCGUAUUACAAAUAUUGAAAAAUUAAAAAAAAAAAUAAAAAUCAAAAAUUAAAAAGAAAAGAGAGAUGCCAAGCGGAUUAUGCUUCCAUGUGGUAAUCCUGGGUAGAAAAAAUGAGUUAGUAUAACUAAUUAUGAUUACUGUGAAUUAUCAUUAUAAAUUGUAAUUGUUAUGAAUUAUAAUUAUUAUUAUGAUUAUGAAAAAUAAAUUACAAUUUUUUGUAACAUAAAAGUAGUCAUAACUCGGAAACGACUUAUUUCCGGACCUAUGUUUAUAUAACUUUUUUCUUAUUUUUGGAUCCCGAAUCAUCUCCCGAAAUAUUGCAGGCAUUUUUUUUGACACCUUGUAUAUUUACAAAAUAUAUAUAUUAAAAAAAUAUAUUUUCUCAGAUAAAUGCUAUGUAAAAUUAGUUACAUUGAUUUUAUUGUGCAUUUAUUAAGAAAUUGAAGAAGAAUGAGGACAAUAAACUUAUAUGUGUUGCAAUAACGUAUUGACGUACAUUUUAAUAAAAUAUUAUUUGAAUAAAAAAUUAUUUUAAUAAGA